AUGUCUUCAUAUCAUCUUAAUACUUCAUUUAAUUCAUUAACAAUCACUUCAAAAUCAUCAAUAUCAACAACAACCAUAAGUACUAGUCAUUGUUUAUUGGAUGUAGAUUCACAUCGUUUAUCUAUAAGCAGUGCACAGAAUAUUAAUGUUUCUGGUGUCAGUAAUCAUCAACGUCGCACAUCAAUUGUCAACCAUCAUCAACGUCGAAAUUCUCAAUUACGUAAAGCAAGUUUUACUACUUCAACAUUGUCACUUGCAGUUACUGAUGAAGAAGCUGGAGAUUUAUCAGGAGCACGUUUAUCAAUAUCAAAUUCUUUAACAAGUGUUCAUAAACAAUGUGAACAAGAUGAUUCUGAAGCAACAAAUAAACUUUUAGAAAUUGGUCGUGUUGCUUCAUGGGCUGUUGGUUUUGAAAAAUUGCUCAAUGAUGAUGCAGGUUUACAUAUAUUUACGGAAUUUUUAAAAAAAGAAUUUAGUCAAGAAAAUAUUCAAUUUUGGAUUGCAUGCGAAAAAUUUAAAAAAUUGUCAGAUCCAGAAGAGAUUCGUCAUCAUGCCAAUUUAAUUUGGUCCACUUAUUUACAUGAUACAGAUGAUGGUUCAUGUCCAAUAAAUAUUGAUAGUCGAACACGACAAGAAUGUCAACAGUCAUUAUUAAAUAAGCCUCAUGCUCAUAUAUUUGAAAAGGCUCAAUCUCAGAUAUUCCAAUUAAUGAAAUAUGAUUCAUAUAGUAGAUUUCUUAAAUCAAAUAUGUAUAAAGAUUGUAUUAUGAGUGAAAUGGAAGGUAAAAGUAUACCAUUUAUAAAACAGCAACAACAACAACAACAACAACAAACUUCAUCAAAUUAUGAUGAAAGAACAAAAACACUUGAUUCUUUUGCGAAAUUAAAAGACGAUGAAAAGAAAGAUAAGAAACGAAGUCCACUUUUACCUUGGACAAAAGCAUUCAUUAAAUGGAAACGUCUAUCAGUUAAACGUGAUACACCUUCCUCUUUGUCCAAUUUACAUCAUCAAACUGCUAAUGCUAGUACAAAUACUCCAAUACAUGAAAAUUUAUGUUUAACACCAUUUCUAACAUCACCAAUUACAAAUAAAUCAGCUUCAACUGAAUUAGGAACUAUAUUAACACAAACAAAACUUGCUAGCGCAUCAUCAUCAUCAUCUUCACUAAUAAUCCCAACGAAUAGUGGAAAUUUAUCAAGUAAAAUAAAUAAAAUUUUACCAAAUAUUACUCAACAAGAUUCAUCAUCGUUUAAUUUUCUUUCACGUUCAGAAACAAAUCAAGAAUCAACAUCGUUUUCUGAAAAGAAAACUUUAAUUGAAAAUUCACCAACAUUAUCAAUAGAUACAUCGCGUUUUUGUCGUUUUAUAUUUCCCGAUCAAACAUCAGCAGUAGUUCUAACAUAUAAUUGUACAAAUGUAUCUAUUCAAAAAGCAAUAAAUCAUUUAUUUGCAAAACGUGGAUUUAUUUGGUAA